AUAAUUGAGUUAUAAGAUCGAAGUAGUCUGGAUCACUAAGACGCUCCUUGGAGGACAGCGACCCUGGAGAGUCUACGAUGUUAAGAUACUGAGAUUCUGGAAUUGUUUUUCAGUGUUUACAAAGCAACUUUAUUGAUGUGUGAACAUGCUUGACAGAAUAUGAAGAAAAGAAAAAAAUAAUGAGAUACAAAAUUGCACACACAGAGACAUGAGAAUUAUCCAAAGAAGAUAUAUGUGCAGAGAGAAGGAAGUGCAAAGAACUUUGCUUAAAGAAAACAUCCAGGUUGUGGAAUCACAGCGUUUUAUUUUCCGUGUGAUUCUUCAAAUGUGCCAAAUUUUCUAGAGAAGGCAUGUUAUGCUCUGAAGACGGAAAAGAGAAAUGUUUUGAAAUGAUGCUAGAAGAGCAGGGGGGAGGAGGAGGGAAAGAAAUGGAUGAAAGCUGGGGAAGAGGAAUGGAGGAGUACACCGGAAAGGGAGAAAUUCAGGCCACUUCCCCGAACACUGCACUCACCGCAGGCUCUGUGCCAGCCACAGCACAGGCCCCGGGGCAAACAGAAAAUAAGAGUAUGAGGACCACCACCACCCCUGGAGCUUUGGUCUGGGGAGAGGCUGGGAAAUAGCAGCCUGUCCGAGUACCUAUGCUGUGUGCCCGAGCCAAAGGGAAAUCGGGGGCUGUGGGGAGGUGGGGUGUAGGGAGAUGCAGGAAGGCUUCCUGUAGGAGGCAACUUGAGCUGUCUUGAAUGAGCUCUAGAAGAUCGCCUGGUACAGGGAGGAUGAUGAGAAGGAGUGAACGAGAGGAGACAGACAUCCCCGAGGAGGCUAGUUGUUGAAUUUUGUCACAAGAGACAGUUACGAAAUUCGUUAUUAUCAGAACACAAGCAUAUGCCAUCCUUUGGCCACUGGCCUACUGCUUAAUUAAUGGUUACUGCCUAACUAACUACACUGGCUUAUUAUCAAAUUAAUGAGGGUACCUCUUAUUGAGAAAGGUUGUCAUUUUGAUAGGAUAAAUCUAAAUUUUUUUUUACAAGCACUGAAACUUAUUUACUCACUCAAAAAUAUUUACUGAGUGCCUACCAUGUGCCUAGUGCUGGAUGUAACAGUACUUAAAAAACAAAACAAAACAUUUUUGCCCUUACAGAGCUUAUAUUCUAGUGGGGAAGUCAGACAAAUAUUAAAUCAACAGCAACAAAAAUACUUGCUAGUUAGGUAAGUGUUUUGAAGGAAAUAAACAAUGGCUGAGUUAGACAGUAACAAGGGGGGAGUAAUGGGGAGGAGACAUUUCAACCUACACAUGAAGAAAGUGGGGAGGAAGUUGUAAGUCAUAUGAGGAAAGACAGAUCUUCAUGAUUUUGAGAACUGAAAUAAGACCAAUGUGACCGGGCAGUAAUAAAUGAGGAACAAGUGGCAACAUAUGAAGUUGAAGAGAUACGCAGAAAUAGAUCAUGCUGUGGUAAGGAGUUUAGAUUUUAUUCUAAGUUCCAUCAGACAGGAUCGCCUUAUCUUCCCUUGACCAAUGCUGCGCAGUUAACUACAUCUGUGUUCAUUUCCCACCUGCCUCAACAAAUGAUUUAUCCCACAUCUUUCUGACGGUUAAUCCCCGCCUUCCACCCUCCGUGUUAUGGUUGCCCUUUCCUCUCCUCUUUUCAUGCACUUUGCUUCUCGGGCUCUUCUGAAUCCCCAGUGCAUCAGUUCUGCGACCCAACCUACAAGAUAAUCUAUCAUCUUCGGUCUUAAAAAUACACCUAAUCUGAUACUAUCCUUCCUAAUUGAUAGCUUCUGACCUAUUUCUAUUUCUUCGUGUUCCUUUAUAGUCCCAGGGUUUUAAAAAUCAGCUGACUGCUGAUUCCCAAACAAGACCUCUCCCAGAAGCUCUAAUCCCAUAUACCCAGUUGUCAAUUUGUUGACUCCACUUGAACGGCUGGGUACAAACACUCCCGAUCCCCUCCCCCAUCAGUGGAUUAUACAUCAGUUUUCCUUGUAUCAGUAAAUGAUUCUACUGACCACUCAGAAGUUCAGGCACGAAAACCAGGCGUCAUCCUUGAUCACUCCCUUCUCUUCACCUUCCUAUCCUGUUUAUCAGUAAAUUCUUCAAUUUGUAACUCAAAAACACAUCAAUUUAGCUCAUUCCUGCUAAUGUUACCUUUCGUGUUCUCUUGCUUGGAUUUCUGAAACCAUCUCAUGAUUUACUUCUCUGCUUUCACCUUGCCUUUCUUUAAUGCAUUGUCUACAUAGCAAAGUGGUUGUUUUAUUUUAACCUAGAAUCUUUUACUAAAAAGAUGAAAAUUGUAGGGGCGCCUGGGUGACUCAGUCGGUUAAGCACCUGACUUUGGCUCAGGUCACGAUCUCACGGUUUGUGGGUUCUAGCCCCUUAUCGGGCUCUGUGCUGACAGCUCAGAGCCAGGAACCUGUUUCUGAUUCUGUGUCUCCCUCUUUCUGCCCGUCCCCCAUUUGUGCUCUGUCUCUUCCUGCCUCUCAAAAAUAAAUAAAUGUUAAAAAACAAUAAAUGAAAAUUGUGGUAAAAUAAACUUUUAUAACAAAAGUAGUAUGUACUAUGGGCAAAACCCAUAAAUAUAGAGAGCUGAUGGGGGGGAUGGGGAAAAUGGGUGAAGGGCCAUGGGAGGAGAGGAGACAUAGGCUUCCAGUUAUGGAAUGAAUAAGUCACAGGGAUAAAAGGUACAGCAUAGGGGACAGAGUCAAUGGUAUGAUAAUCGCACUGUAUGGUGACAGAUGGUAGCUAGCGACACUUGUGGUGAGCACAGCAUAAUUUUCAGACUUGUCAAAAUCACUAUAUUGUACACCUGAAACGAAUGUAACAUUGUGUGUAAGCUAUACUCCAAUAUAAAAAUUAAUUUAAAAAACUUCGCAAAACUCAACCAUUAUAAAAAGAGGUACACAACAAUAAAGAAAAUAAAAAUAUACAUUUCUACCUCUAAAGAUUAAACUGCUAAAACCUUCCAGUAUAAUCCCAUUUUUUGUCGUACACAAAUACACAUAUAUGCAUUUUGUAAUCAAAGUGAGACACCGUAACAUACAUACUGUUCUGUGACUUGCUCUUUUCAGUUAAUGAUCUCCAUCUUUCCAUGGCAAUACAUUUGCAUCUUAUAUUCAGUCCCUCGAUAUCGAAAUUUCUUCAGCUGUCCUGAAAGUGCAUUUUGUAGGGAGCCUCUUCGUACUAGGAUUCAAUCUGCUCUUAUGUACCCUAAAUUUUUUUGUUUUUUCAUACAGCAGUGGCUUUUUUCAUAACGAUCCAUCGUUGAAGAGAUGGAGACGGUUGUCCUGCAGAAUAUUCCACCUCUUGGAUGUUUGGUUACUUCCUAUGGAUGAUUUAGUUUGCUCCUGUACCCCCUGUAUUUCUAAUAAGCUGUUUGUUAGGUGCAAAGGCUUGAUAGACUCAAGUUACACAUUUUUGCCUGGAAUAUAUCAUAGAUGAUAUUGUAUACUUCAUGCUACAUCUCAUCAAGAGAUACGACAUCAGAUUGAUGCACAGGGUGGCCUUUUUAAAACGUAAACUGUAUCAUGUCGAUAUCGCCUAAAUCCCACUUAUGGCUUCCUUGGCAUUUAUUCUAUAAUACAAAUUCUGUAACUUGGCCUACAAGGUUCUGAAUGACUGAUGCUUGCUUACUCUUCUAACUUUAUUUUAUCCCAUUCCCUGUGUGGUUUUUAAGUUUUUGCCACCGUUUACUUCAACUUCCCGAACAAGGGAAGUGUUUGCUUCCUGGGGACUUUGCACUUGCAACCCCAUCGGUCUGCGAGAUUCUCCUUUGCCACUCUUCCCCUCUUCUAAUGUCAAGCAUCAUCUCAAAGUGCAGGUCGUUUUCAGUUGACCCCAGAGAAGCCUACUCCGAUUGUCUUGUUUAAAUCAGGUUCUUCCAAGGGACCCUAAUACCCUACGCUCCGAGCACCCUGUUUUUUCCUACCAUACUCUGGACACUUUGUACACCUUAGUUUCUGUGUCCUUACCUGCCUGUAAGUUGCAUUGCACCGUGGCAGGGACCUUGCCUAUAAGGUUCACUGUGCCCUCAGUCCUGGUGUAUCGCAAUGCGUGGCGUGAACUACCAUAGGUCACAACAACCCCGAGGCUGCAACGUCUUGGACAGGUCGCCGCAGACUCUCGUAGGUGCCAGUAACAACACUUCACCGACAAGUGGAGGCAUCGUGGCUUUUCCGUGAAGGCGCCGCAAGCAGCGCGCUGGAAGGAGAGGCUUCCACUUGCGAAAGAAAAAUCCAGCCCCCCGGGGAGACGCCCCCGUCCCGGGCCCGCGGCUCCGCGGCGCCGCGUCCCCGCCCGCCUCACGUGACUGCGGGCGGCGCGCCCCAGUGCGCCUGCGCGGGAGCUCCCGGAAGUGGCCGGACCCACAGCUCGGGCGGAGAGUCCGUCCGUCGGUUCGUCGGUCCGCCGGUCCGCCAGCCGGGUCGUCCGCGCGCCUCGGCCCUCGUCGGCGUCCCGCGCGGCCUGUGUGGCCCGAACCGCGGCCGAGGUGCCCGCCAUGGCGACGUUCAUCUCGGUCCAGCUGAAGAAGACCUCGGAGGUGGACCUGGCCAAGCCGCUGGUGAAGUUCAUCCAGCAGACGUACCCGAGCGGCGGGGAGGAGCAGGCCCAGUACUGCCGCGCGGCGGAGGAGCUCAGCAAGCUGCGCCGCGCCGCGCUCGGCCGCCCGCUGGACAAGCACGAGGGCGCUCUCGAGACGCUCCUGAGAUAUUAUGAUCAAAUUUGUUCCAUUGAACCCAAAUUCCCAUUCUCUGAAAAUCAGAUCUGCUUGACAUUUACCUGGAAGGAUGCUUUUGAUAAAGGUUCACUUUUUGGAGGAUCUGUGAAAUUGGCUCUUGCAAGCUUAGGAUAUGAAAAGAGCUGUGUGUUAUUCAAUUGUGCAGCGUUAGCUAGCCAGAUUGCAGCAGAACAGAACCUGGAUAAUGAUGAAGGAUUGAAAGUCGCUGCUAAGCAUUACCAGUUUGCUAGUGGUGCCUUUUUACAUAUUAAAGAGACAGUUUUAUCUGCCUUAAGUCGAGAGCCUACGGUGGACCUGUCUCCAGAUACUGUUGGGACCCUCAGUCUUAUUAUGCUGGCACAGGCCCAAGAAGUCUUUUUUUUAAAAGCCACAAGAGAUAAAAUGAAAGAUGCCAUCAUAGCCAAAUUGGCUAAUCAGGCCGCAGAUUACUUUGGUGAUGCUUUUAAACAGUGUCAGUACAAAGAUACUCUUCCCAAGUAUUUUUAUUUCCAGGAGGUGUUCCCUGUCUUGGCUGCAAAGCACUGUAUCAUGCAGGCCAAUGCUGAGUACCACCAGUCUAUCCUGGCAAAACAGCAGAAGAAAUUUGGAGAAGAGAUUGCAAGGUUACAGCACGCAGCAGAAUUGAUUAAAACAGUGGCAUCUCGCUAUGAUGAAUAUGUCAAUGUGAAAGACUUUUCUGACAAAAUCAGCCGUGCCCUUUCUGCAGCAAAGAAGGAUAAUGACUUCAUCUAUCAUGAUCGAGUUCCAGACCUUAAAGAUCUGGACCCAAUUGGCAAAGCCACACUUGUGAAAUCUACCCCAGUCACUGUCCCCAUCAGCCAGAAAUUCACUGAUUUGUUUGAAAAUAUGGUUCCUGUGUCAGUGCAGCAGUCGUUGGCCGCCUAUAAUCAGAGGAAAGCUGACUUAGUUAACAGAUCAAUUGCUCAAAUGAGAGAAGCCACCACUUUGGCAAAUGGGGUGUUAGCUUCCCUUAAUCUUCCAGCAGCAAUUGAAGAUGUGUCUGGAGAUACUGUACCUCAGUCUAUAUUGACUAAAUCCACAUCUGUGAUUGAACAGGGAGGCAUCCAGACUGUUGAUCAAUUGAUCAAAGAGCUACCUGAACUACUACAAAGAAAUAGAGAAAUCCUAGAUGAGUCAUUAAGAUUGUUGGAUGAAGAAGAAGCAACUGACAAUGAUUUGAGAGCAAAAUUCAAGGAACGCUGGCAAAGGACACCAUCUAAUGAUCUCUAUAAGCCUUUAAGAGCAGAGGGAACCAACUUCAGAACAGUUUUGGAUAAAGCUGUGCAAGCAGAUGGGCAGGUGAAAGAACGUUACCAGUCUCACCGAGACACCAUUGCCCUUCUGUGUAAGCCGGAGCCUGAGCUGAACGCUGCCAUCCCUUCUGCUAACCCAGCAAGGACCAUGCAGGGCAGCGAGGUUGUAAAUGUCUUAAAAUCCUUAUUGACCAAUCUUGAUGAAGUAAAGAAGGAAAGAGAAGGGCUAGAGAAUGACUUGAAAUCAGUGAAUUUUGACAUGACAAGCAAAUUUUUGACUGCUUUGGCUCAAGAUGGUGUGAUAAAUGAAGAAGCUCUUUCUGUCACUGAGCUGGAUCGAAUCUAUGGAGGUCUUACGACGAAAGUCCAAGAAUCUCUGAGGAAACAGGAAGAACUUCUUAAAAAUAUUCAGGUCUCACACCAGGAGUUUUCAAAAAUGAAGCAAUCUAAUAAUGAAGCUAACUUAAGAGAAGAAGUUUUGAAGAAUUUAGCUACUGCAUAUGACAACUUUGUUGAGCUUGUGGCUAAUUUGAAGGAGGGCACAAAGUUUUACAAUGAGCUGACUGAAAUCCUGGUCAGGUUCCAGAACAAGUGCAGUGACAUCGUGUUUGCACGGAAGACAGAAAGAGAUGAACUCUUAAAGGAUCUGCAGCAAAGCAUUGCCAGGGAACCCAGUGCUCCUUCAAUCCCUACGCCUGCCUAUCAGUCUUCUCCCGCAGGGGGCCAUGCUCCCGCUGUGCCAACGCCCGCGCCGAGAACCAUGCUGCCCGCCAAGCCCCAGCCCCCGGCCCGGCCUCCACCGCCUGUGCUUCCAGCAAAUCGAGCUCCUCCCGCUCCCGCUCCCGCUCCCGCUCCGGCUCCCGCGGGGACGGGCACUGCUCCACCGGCACCGGCACCCACUCCUGGUUCAGCAGCGCCCCCUCCACAGGCCCAGGGACCCCCCUACCCCACCUAUCCAGGAUAUCCCGGGUAUUGCCACAUGCCCAUGCCCAUGGGCUAUAAUCCUUACGCAUACGGUCAGUAUAGUAUGCCGUACCCGCCAGUGUAUCACCAGAGCCCCGGACAGGCUCCAUACCCAGGGCCCCCGCAGCCUUCAUACCCCUUCCCUCAGCCCCCGCAGCAGUCUUACUACCCACAGCAGUAACAUGCCAGCCCAGAAGCUCGACUGGUUCAGUUCAAAGGGAAGGAAACACCAGCCCUGCAAUAAGCCUACUAAACUCUGUGCUCUGGUUACUGUAACGUCCUCUGUUGUGCUGAACGCGGUGUGCAAUUUCUGUCCGCGGCUGCGAGCUGAGACUGUGCCCUAGUUCCACACUCGAUCGCACACCGAGAGAUGCUGCUGUUGCAGUGUAAACACUAUAAUAGGUAUAAUAGAAUUUGAAAUAAGUUACAUUUCAGUUCAUCAAAGUUGAAAAAUGAGAAGUUAAACCCACAAGUGAAACGUUUGAAACUAUUAUACUUCUGUCUACGUAAGACAUGGUUGGGACGUCAGAUACUUACAAUGAUGGUUUAAGUACUGAUAUUCAAGAAAGCUACAUUUUCUUUCUCUUUUGGUUUAUCAGUUUGGUUUAAUUUCCAUUACACUAUUUUGCAUAAUCAAAGCAUUGUAAAUCUUAUAAUUUAAAAAUAAAUUACUUGAGAACAGUUGUCAUUGUUAUGUUUUGUCAUUGAUUCUCAUUACUGUCUAAUUUCUUUCUGGUGUUAGUCUCUCAUUUUAUAUGUACGUAAGUUAAACAGAUAACUGUGUUUUAAGUGCAUGAUUAGUUCAAGUUAAUAGUCAGGUUUAUAGGAAAACCAAAAAAACAGUACCGUAAUUUAUCUUUCAUAUGCUGGUUAGUAUGUUAAUUUUGGCAUUUAUUUUGAAAAGUCCUAUAAUGUGGAAGAAACACAAUUGCUACCAAAGAUUCUUCAAAUAAAUAUGUGUAUUUAAAGUUUGAUUAGCUUCUCCAAGAAAUUGAUACAAAUUCUGGUAAUAGUUCUUUCCCUUUUUUUCCCAUAACCUGGUGAAAAUAAAUACAUAUCAUUGACAGGACUGUCUAAUGUAAUGGAAUUGUUUAAAGAAAGCUUACUGUACCCCUUCUGUUCCUUUUUUCCACCUUACUGUCUUAACUUAAUAACAUUUAAUGCACAAUGUAUGCGAAUAGAUCUAAGCCCUUUGGUUUUUAUGCUCCUAAAAGAUUAGACUAUUUUAUAAUUCAGGGAGCAUACUAAACAAUUGCUGGGAACAUAUGCCAAUUCUGAAUAGGCAUGAAUAUUUAAUACUAGUCUCUGCUGUUAGGAUAACUAAUCACUGUAUAAACCUCAGUAAAAGUAGUGAGACAUGCAUCAUGGAGUGAGUAAAUGAGAAAGGAAGGGGUUGUUGAAUAGCGGGGACUGUUUUGUGUGAGGUUCAUUUCUGAACACAUCAGGCGUGUGAGCAGAUUUCCAGUGAGUCUGUUGAUGUUUAUUUUCUAAGUCUUAAUGCUCACCUUUUCUGGCGUUAUUGUUUUCAUUGAAAUGAUGCUGUCAUUUGGGCUGCUGUUAUAUUUUCAUCGACAGUUUGGGUUUAUGUUUUAAAUGUUGGACUUGAAGGUAUGAUUGUAAAAGGGAGUGAAUUGGUUUAAAAAUAUAUGUACAUUUAAAAAAUAUCACUUUGUUGUACGUAGAAAACAUGAAGGCGUGUUACUUUAAUAUAAAUGACCUUUCCGUGGAAUAUUGAAAUUGGUUUAACGUGCACUAGUUAAAACCUUGGCCAAAGUAGUUUUUUUACAUACCAUAGCUAAAUUUUAUUAAUGUGGAGCCAUCAAAGUAUGACCUAGGCUUGUUUGACUCUUGUGUAAAAGGCAUUCAAGUUCUGCAUUCUUACUAUUUUUCAAGGUGGCAUAUACUGAUGUGAGACACUCAGUGGGAAUUAAGGGUUUUCCAAAUUGCUAGUUUACUAUUCUUACUCAUGCAGAAAGGAACAAAAACGAAUUGGCCUGAAUAUUCUCUUGGGGAAAGAAGUCACUGAGAAAAGAGGAAGUGCAUCAGGGCCAGAAGAGGUUAUAAGGCCCCUUAGCCGGUUCCAUGUGCUAAGUAGGCCAGCUCCCAGAGAGCCACGGGAAGAUCGUUCAGAAACUUCUGGAAAGGAGGCUCCACAGCCCCAAGUGGCAGCCUCCUGCAGCCUGCCCGAGUUGCUCAAAGCCUUUUUUUAUGCAGUAACCCGGCCCCAUUCCUUCCCGUCAGAUCACUCAUUCUUCGGGUAAUUGAGGACAGUUUCUUUUGGUCACCUGUGGAUGGGUACAGAUGACCAAAUUUCUGCAGCCUUUCAUUGCUGGGUUAGUCUCCAUAGCCCUUCUGAUUUCAGUAGGGUGGCUCAUGGAAAGAAGUUUCUCCUCCCAUCUGUUUCGCCUUCUAGCAGACAAGGAAGCCCUCGCUGGCAUGAGCUUUGUUACCAAACGUUUUUGUCCUUUGCUCAAUCAGCUUCUUAUCUGUAGUCCACAAAAAUACCCUAAAAAGUCGUUACGGACGGUGCUGUUCGGUUGUAGUUGCAAGUGUGCCUCUGGUUCAGAGAUCUUGUUACCUCUUUUUAAUUAGGCUUUCUGAUGAUUUUCCUAAACUAAAGAAACCAUUCCCAGACCAUUUACGUUCGGGUUUGGAAUACUGUUUUUAAAUGGACUGACUGCAUGGCGGAGCUAGUCGGCAGUGGGGGGAAGAGCCUCACUUCUCCUAUUUCUUGUUCCCAGUUGGAGACAGACGGCUUGACUUCUCAGUCUGCUGUGAAGUCCUGGUCUUUAUUCUCCGUUGACACAAAACACAGGUCACAGCAAAUGAGUCCGUCUUUGUGAGAUAUUCCUGUCCCCGUACCCCCAACUUGUUUGCAACUUAACAGUCUCUCCCUCCCUAAAUGUAAGUAGUUAAAAAAAGAUUUCACAGAACCUUCACGCCGUUUUAUCCCCAGUCAGCAGCCUUUCUGGUCAAAACAUUUAAAAAAUGUUUCUCCUUAGAGCUUUACAGAGCUUGCAAAAGCGCUUCAUACACAUCUUCUGAUUUCACAGACAUGAUGAAAUGCAAUUUAUUAAGUAGGUUUCAGUUUGCCAAUGGGUUUUUUUUUUUUUCUUUUAAUGAUCGAUACAUCUUGAAGAAUCUUGCUACAGCCUAGUGGCAUCUCUCUCUCUUUUAAACACUUCUGCAACUAUUAGUUGAUUCACAGCACAGAACAGGAUACAAAGUAGGAAAAAAAAAUGCUGUAGUGUUACGAUGACUAGUUUAAAAAUAGACUUUAGAAUUAAAUGGUUGAUUAUAAGGUUUACAUGGAAGAGCUAAGAAGGAAAAAUUAUAUUUUUAAAGAAAAAGAGAAUAUUCAGGCUUUAUUUCUGGUAUGAAGUUUAUAUUUUUAAAAAAAAAUCCUAUAUUAUCACACACCAGAGAUUUUAGAUUCUUUUCUGGUUACAGACAUUGCUGGUAGUUGGAUUAUAUUUUUAUUGUAUUCAUUUCUCUUAGGGGGAAAAUUGUAAAGCAACAAAAAGGUUCCCGAUGAAUGUAUCCUAGAAAUAAAAGUUGAAAGAUUCUUA